CUCGCCGAUUACCCAAGUGAUUAGUUUGACGAGCUCCGCGGCAAAUCCUUGUUCAGAUGCAACGCCAAAAAGUGGAACUUGGGUCACCCGAUGGGUCACCCAUCAAAAGAAGCGACAGUAUAAAUCCGAUAUCGAGUUCUACGAACAUAACCGUACCCCAACGUCCUUCGUCGCCGCGACAGUUUUUCGAAAGACUCUACGGGCAUUUGGAAACGCGCAGCUCGGAAAAUGGGGAAAUCGACAUCGACGUCGGAACACACGCCCACAAGCCGCCUCCCUGUGAAACGCCUUACCACAGCGACGGCGGAAGUGUCUCAUCGCCGGACAUUUCCAUUAGCGAUGAACGCACCUCACUUGCCAGCUUUCCUGCCUACGAUUUCUAUGGCCAAUCUAAGGAUUAUUCCCAGCAUCCCACACAGCAGCACCAUCAUCAUCAGCAGCAGCAAGUGCAGCACAAGCUCAGCUAUGUGAGUCCGCCGCCGGUGAUCAAUCCCGGAUUACCAGCGAAUCCUGGCCUGCCACAUGGAUUUCCGCCUGGAUUCCCAAGCGAUCCACACUUUAGCGCCGGGUUUACUGCUUUCUUGGCCCGAAGACGUCGCAAGGAGGGAAGACAACGUCGUCAAAGAACCACCUUUAGCACGGAGCAGACACUUCGUCUGGAGGUGGAAUUCCACCGAAACGAGUACAUCUCAAGGAGCCGACGGUUCGAGCUAGCUGAGACGCUUCACCUGACCGAAACCCAAAUCAAAAUUUGGUUCCAAAAUCGAAGGGCCAAGGAUAAGCGUAUAGAAAAGGCUCAGAUCGAUCAGCAUUAUAGAAACUUUGUCGUGGCCAAUGGUUUUAUGAGCUCUAUAAUGGGUCAAGCGACCACAACCAUGCCCCCCGGAGGCGUUGGUGUGGGAGUGGGCGUGGGUCUCAAUUACUAUGCCGCUCCAGCGACGCCGGCAGCGCUGCCCAAGGAUAACACGCAGGAUGCUAAUUUUAUUGACAUCGAUGACCAGUACCAACGGCAGCAGCAACAACAACAGCAACAACGACGACGUCGAGAAACCACAACACUUAUCAAUACUUGCUAAUACCUACUAAUUGUUUACUUUUAAUUGAGCUUUAAACUGUUUAGAGUAAGAUUGGAAUAAAUACAUAUAAAACUGUAAAAACGGUA